UGACUUCAGUGCAACCAACAAACGUAGCAUCAUGAAGCUCAUGCUCGUGGCCGCCAGUCUGGUGGCUGUCCUGGCUCUCUCUCACGCCGAAGAAGCCAAGACAGCAGAAAAAGAAGUGGCAGUAACCGACAACAAGGUGGCAGCUGACGACAAAAAACAUGAAAAACGUGGUCUCAUAGGUCUCGGAUACGGGCACGGAGGAUACGAUGGUGGCUUUGGAGGAAGCUAUGGAGGCGGUUUUGACGGUGGUUACGGCGGUUACGGUGGUUACGGUGGACACGAGGAAGUUCACAAAACCGUUACUGUAGUAAAGAACGUUCCUGUUCCUUACCCAGUUGAAAAACACAUCCCAUACCCAGUCGAGAAACACGUUCCUGUGCCUGUCAAGGUGCCAGUGCCCCAACCUUACCCCGUUGUUAAGCAUGUCCCAUACACCGUUAAGGAACUAGUCAAAGUGCCUGUGCACGUUCCUCAGCCUUACCCAGUAGAGAAAAAAGUGCCGUACCCAGUUCAUGUCCCUGUUGACAGACCAGUCCCAGUCAAAGUGUACGUUCCUCAACCCUACCCAGUGGAAAAGCAAGUACCAGUCCCAGUAAAGGUUCAUGUACCCGCUCCUUACCCAGUUGAAAAGAGGGUCCCCUACCCAGUAAAGGUACCAGUUCAUGUACCCGCACCCUACCCCGUUAUCAAGGAGGUCCACGUACCAUACAAGGUCCACGUUGACAGGCCUUACCCUGUACACAUCUCUAAACCUGUGCCUUACCCAGUAGAAAAACCUGUACCCUACCCCGUUGAGAAACCAGUGCCUUACCCCGUCAAGGUCCCAGUCGACCGCCCUGUACCAGUUCACGUUGAAAAACCAGUACCCUACCCCGUGAAAGUCCACGUUCCAGCGCCAUACCCAGUGGAGAAACACAUUCCCGUGCCAGUUGAGAAACACGUCCCAGUGCCCUACAAAGUCUUGGUAGACAGGCCUUACCCAGUACACAUUGAGAAACACGUUCCCGUUCAUGUUGAGAAGCCAGUGCCCUACCCCGUUAAGGUACCUGUUUUCGUCGGCCACGGUCACGAGUACGGUCAUCAUGAAAGCUAUUAAUGGCUGCAGGAAGAGGAGGCUCUAUUGUGAUAUGUAAAUGUAAGACUAGCACAAAUAUUAUGGUUAAGCCAGUGAGCUGUCAGAGAGUAUGUCAAAUCGAUCUCUACACAUACUACUCUGAAGCUAGACUGUUUUGCACUGAUACGACUUGCUUAAUAGUUUUUUUUGUUAUUUUACUUUUUGUAUGAAACCUGAUCAGUUGUUGCGUUGUAUAAUUUUGAGUUGAUGUACCUGUUACUUUAUAAACGAAAAAAUGUUACCAUUUAUAGAA